AUGGCAUUGCCUUCAUCUUUGCUGCCGUCACUUCUUCCUACCCCACCUCCUCCUUUUAUUUCCUUUCCAAAAUUCAUUUCCUUAUUCGACUUAACAAUCUUCAUCUCCCUUCAAAAUGAUCUUUUAAGAUUAGCGAAGCAUUAUUUUUCUCACACUCUCAUUCAUUCACUCCUUGCCUGUUCUCUUUUUGUUGUUGUUGCCUCGAUUCGCUCUCAUUUUCGUGCUCUCACUUGCUCCGUCCGCCUUCUCUCUCUCUCUCUCUCUCUCUCUCUCUGGCUUCUGGCUCCCUCUCCCUCUCUCUCCUGGCUCUCUCUCUCUCUCUCUCUCGCCUGCCGCCUUCUCCUUCUCUCUCUCUCUCUGGCUCCGUCCGCCUUCUCCCCUCUCUCUCUCUCUGGCUCCGUCCGCCUUCUCCCUCUCUCUCUCUCUCUGGCUCCGUCCGCCUUCUCUCUCUCUCUCUCUCUGGCUCCGUCCACCUUCUCUCUCUUCUCUCUCUCUCUCUCUCUGGCUCCGUCCGCCUUCUCUCUCUCUCUCUGGCUCCGUCCGCCUUCUCUCUCUCUCUCUAGCUCCUUCUCUCUCUUCUCUCUCUGGCUCCGUCCGCCUUCUCUCUCUUCUCUCUCUCUCUCUCUCUCUCUGGCUGGCUCCGCCUUCUCUCUCUCUGGCUCCUCCGUCUUCUCUCUCUCUCUCUCUGGCUCCGUCCACCUUCUCUCUCUCUCUCUCUCCUCCGCCUUCUCUCUCCUCCUCUCUGGCUCUCUUCUCUCUCUCUCUCCGCCUCCUUCUCUCUCUCUCUCUCUGGCUCCGUCCACCUUCUCUCUCUCUCUCUCUUGCUCCAUCCGCCUUCUCCUCUCUCUCUCCCUCUCUCUCUCCGUCCACCUUCUCCUUCUCUCUCUCUCUCCGUCGUCCGCCUUCUCUCUCUCUCUCUCCUCUUGGCUCUCUCUCUCUCUGGCUCCUUCUCUCUCUCUCUGGCUCAUCCGCCUUCUCCCACUCUCUCUGGCUCCGUCCUUCUUCUCUCUCUCUCUGGCUCAUCCCUUCUCUCCGCCUUCUCCCUCCGUCACCUUCUCUCUCUCUCUCUCUCUGGCUCCGUCCGCUGGCUUCUCCUCUCUCUCUCUCUGUCUCCGUCCGCUUCUCUUCUCUGGCUCUCUUCUCUCUCUGGCUCGUCCGCCUUCUCUGGCUCCUCUUCUCUCUCUCUGGCUCCGUCCGCCUUCUCUCUGGCUUCGCUCCGUCCGCCUUCUCUCUCUGGCUCCGUCCUUCUCUCUCUCUGGCUCUCUUUCUCUCUGGCUCUCUUUCUCUCUGGCUCUCUUUCUCUCUGGCUCUCUCUCUCUCUGGCUCUCUUUCUCUCUCUCUCUCUCUCUUUCUCUCUCUCUCUGGCUCCGUCCGCAUUCUCUCUCUCUGACUGCGGCUCCAAUCUCUCUCUCUCUCUCUCUCUGUCCCCUCUCUUUGUCGUUGGCUACAUUCGUCCUAUCUUUUCCUUUUUGUCGUAUCCCCAAUUAUUUUUCUCUCAAAUUAUCAUAA